UUGCUGUCGGGUACGCAGAUCGCCUUGGUCUGGUUCGAGUCUUGUAUGUGAUUUGUGUGAAAAAAAAAUUUUUUUUGCUGUAGGGUGAAGUUCUGAAAGCGUCGCUUCGAGCAUCUCCGCCUCCGACGACGUUGCUGUUUGUGUUGCGUGAAGUAGAGUUGACACUUUUGAGCUUCUCCGCCUCCUAUGACAUUGCUGUCCUGCUUCGCGUGAAGCUUCUCCGCCGCCGCCUCCUCCUCCGACGUUGUUGCUGUCGGAUUGGAAGUCGCGACGGGAGCUCGCCGCGAAGUUGGAGGAAAUCUUAUGCGAUCCUUUAUGUUAAUCCGGCUCAACACUAAAUUGGUGAUUGUUACAUUGGUUGUAUUAGAAUUCCUAUUUGAGCGGUUCAGUUGAGUGACAUAUGGAGUGAUCUUCCACUUGUGAUCGGAUGAUUUCAGGGGCAGCUAACAUAAGAGAAUUUAGGUGUGGAAACGAUUAUAAAUACAAAGUCCAGCUCUGCCCCAGCAAUGGUGGAUGUAUGGUGGUCCUUAAUCGGUGCUGCUAUUCCAGUUCUUAUUGCAGGACAAGCCAUUCGAGCCAAAAGGAGGAGAACUGAGGAGAAGAGGCUUGAGAGUGCUCGCGGUCGCGAGAAAAGCUCUGAUGAUAUUUUUGUUUGCGAAAGGGUCUGCACUUCGAAAAGAAUGUUGAAGAAAGUUGGUGCCUUCUCUAAAGAUCCCACGCCUGAUACAUGUGUUACCGUCUGUGGUAUCUCACUUCUCGAUGCAUGUACUGAUGCUUGUGCGCGCACUGUUUGCGUCAACCAACAUCAAGUUCCCAACUGGAAUGAUAUUUGCCUCCGAAGAUGCCAAAAUGAAUGCUUGAAGCUUUCUUCGUCUCCUACCAACUAAGCUCAGGAUCAGGAAUGAAUGGUUUUGAUGGUGUGUAUUCAGCUCCAAAAAGGGUAGUGAUUGCCAAUUAAUCAAUGUCUUGUUUAAGAUUUGAAGUUUUAAUACUGCUUUGUUAUCCAUUUCUAUGAUCCAUACACUGGAAAGCACUCUUGAGCUGAUUUUGAUUUCAACCAAGCUUGUUCCAUUAAGAUAAGUGACAAAGAUCUCAAUUUAGUCCACCUUCACCAAGCUUGCUUUCCAUUACUGAUCAUCCAUUUUGUGCUAUAAUCAUUAUGCAUUUCCAUCCAGUUUGGUUAUAUAUUAAUAUAUAGUUUAAUUUGAAAUA